AUGGAAAAAUGGUGGUUCAAUUCGAUGUUGUUUAAUAGGGAGUUAGAAUACAGGUGUGGGCUAAGUAAAUCAAUGGAUAGUUUUGGUCCUAUUGAAAAUACCAAUGUAAGUGAAGACCCAAUUCUAACUGAUAUGGAUAAAAACAUUCAGAGGUGGGGUGAUAGUGACAAUUCUAGUUACAGUAAUGUUGAUUAUUUAGUCGGCGUUGGGAACAUUCGGAAUUUCAUCUCUGAUGACACUUUUUUAGUUAGGGAUAGUAAUAGGGACAGUUAUUCCAUAUAUUUUGAUAUUGAAAAUCAAAUUUUUGAGAUUGAUAAUGAUCAUUCUUUUCUAAGUGAACUAGAAAGUUUUUUUUAUAGUUAUAAGAAUUUCAGCUAUCUGAAUAAUGUAUCUAAGAGUGACGAUCCCGACUAUGAUCAUUACAUGUAUGAUACUAAAUAUAGUUGGAAUAAUCACAUUAAUAAUUGCAUUGACAGUUAUCUUCGUUCUCAAAUCUGUAUUGAUGGUUACAUUUUAGGUGAUAGUGACAAAUACAAUGACAGUUACAUUUAUAGUUACAUUUGUGGUAAAGGCAGAAAUCUUAGUGAAAGAGGGAAUUCCAGUAUAAUAACUCGCACGAAUGCUACGAGUGAUAGUGAUUUAACUAGAAGAGAAAGUUCUAAUGAUCUAGAGGAAACUAAAAAAUACAGACAUUUGUGGAUUCAAUGUGAAAAUUGUUAUGGAUUAAAUUAUAAGAAAGUUUUGAAAUCAAAAAUGAAUAUUUGUGAACACUGUGGAUAUCAUUUGCAAAUGAGCAGUUCAGAUAGAAUCGAACUUUUGAUUGAUCGAGGUACUUGGAAUCCGAUGGAUGAAGACAUGGUUUCGGGGGAUCCCAUUGAAUUUCAUUCAGAAGAGGAACCUUAUAAAGAUCGUAUUUAUUCUUAUCAAAGAAAGACAGGAUUAACUGAUGCUGUUCAAACAGGCACAGGUCAACUAAAUGGUAUUCCCGUAGCAAUUGGGGUUAUGGAUUUUCAGUUUAUGGGGGGUAGUAUGGGAUCCGUAGUAGGUGAGAAAAUCACCCGUUUGAUCGAAUAUGCUGCCAAUCAAUUUUUACCUCUUAUUCUAGUAUGUGCUUCUGGAGGAGCACGUAUGCAAGAAGGAAGUUUGAGCUUGAUGCAAAUGGCUAAAAUAUCUUCUGCUUUAUAUGAUUAUCAAGCAAAUAAAAAGUUAUUCUAUGUCUCGAUCCUUACAUCUCCUACUACAGGUGGGGUGACGGCUAGUUUUGGUAUGUUGGGGGAUAUCAUUAUUGCGGAACCCAAUGCUUACAUUGCAUUUGCGGGUAAAAGAGUAAUUGAGCAAACAUUGAAUAAAACAGUACCUGAAGGUUCACAAGCGGCUGAAUAUUUAUUCCAUAAGGGCUUAUUUGAUUCAAUCGUACCGCGUAAUCCUUUAAAGGGCGUUCUUAGUGAGUUAUUUCAGCUCCAUGCUUUCUUUCCUUUGACUCCAAAUUAA